AACUAAAGUCAGUCUCCACCAAUCCUCUCUCUCUCUUUUUUUCCCAAACUGGGCCCCCCUCCUCUAUGCACACAGUUCCUUUUAGAAGAUUUCUCCUACACCAAACAAGGUUGCUUUGCGAAGUACUCAAAAACAGCAUGGUGACAUGAACCCAGCCCACCUCUUCUCUUAUCCACUCACACAAUCUUUUCUUGCCACCACCACUCAUGUCUCAAUCAUCUUCACACACAAAAACAAACACAGACACCCUCUUUGUCUUCUUCUUACCAAAUUCAUGUGAUAUUUCUUUUCAGGGUUUGAUAUUUCUCUAUAUUUCUUUAAACCCUUUGUUGUCUAUCUCUUGAGUUAUCAAUUUCCUUGAUUACUCGAUUCAAAGAUUGAAACUUUUGUUACCAAAGACAACGAAGAUUACAAAUUUAGAGGUUUAUUGAUAACCCAUUUAGGUUUUGUGAGUUUAUAUGAUGCUAUGGCCUUGAUUGAGGCUUUAUAUGAUAUUUUAGAGCAUCCCUCUUCAAUGUUAGGUGUACGUACAGAAACGGUGGGUUUUUUAGGUCCACUGUGGAUAUCUUUUCUUAUUGGCUUGAUUAUUGGAUGGUCAUGGAAGCCUAAAUGGGUGACCAGGGAAAGUGACAAAUUGGCUUCUUGUGUAUCAAAGAUAUUGGAGUCAUCGUUGCCAUCUUCACCUUGUCGAUUUUUGAUGUCUCCAUUGAAGAGUUUUGGUUCUUUCUCGCAGUGGAAUUCGGUCUUGGUGAGGUCUUCAAAUUGUGAAGCUUCUUGGGUUGUGGACAACAACAACAAUUUAGAGCAUCAGAAACCAUCUCAUGUGCCACCUACAGAAUAUGAAGAUUGCAGUAGAUCACAGCUGAAUGAAGAGCAGUCUAAUAUUGCUAGUCUAGUCACGGAGGAGGAUUUAAAACAUUUGAACCAGCUUGUUGAGGUUAAAGAUGGAGGUUCUACUUGGAUACAUAUGAUGGAUCGUUCCACCCCAACUAUGAGAUACCAAGCAUGGAGGAGAGAUCCCAAGACUGGUCCUCCUCAAUAUCGUAGCAGUACUGUCUUUGAGGAUGCCUCACCAGAGAUAGUGAGAGACUUAUUUUGGGAUGAUGACUUCCGGACAAAGUGGGAUGACAUGCUUGCUUAUUCUGCAAUAUUAGAUGAAUGUUCCAUCACAGGGACCAUGCUAGUGCAUUGGAUACGAAAAUUUCCCUUUUUCUGUAGUGACAGAGAAUACAUAAUAGGUCGGCGAAUAUGGGAGUCGGGCAGAUCUUAUUUCUGUGUGACGAAGGGAGUACCAUGCUCAUCUGUCCCAAGGCGAGAUAAGCCAAGACGGGUUGACCUAUACUACUCAAGUUGGUGUAUCCGAGCAGUGGAAUCGAGGAGAGGUGAUGGCCAGCUGACUGCUUGUGAGGUGUUGCUCUUCCAUCAUGAAGACAUGGGCAUCCCAUGGGAAAUCGCUAAGCUUGGAGUGCGGCAGGGCAUGUGGGGAACUGUCAAGAAGAUUGAACCUGGUUUACGUGCCUACCAAAAAGCAAGAGCAUCAGGGGCAGAACUUUCUCGGCCUGCUUUCAUGGCUCAGGUUAACACCAAAAUAAAUCCAGAGUUGCUGAGAUCCUUGGGAGGCGAUGAGAAUUUGUCAGAGAAUGAAGCAGCUACCACUACUUCUGAGAAGUCUUUGGGCCGGAACAUACCAAAGCUUCUAAUUUUUGGUGGGGCUAUUAUCCUUGCAUGUAGCUUUGAUCGAGGACUCUUGACGAAGGCAUUUAUAUUCAAUGUGGGAAGAAGGUUUGGAAACAUGGGAAGGAAUGCAAGAUUGAAUGCUGGAACUACUUGAAAGUUGAAAACCCAAUAUGAGAGAUGCUCAACUUUUUAACUACCAGUGUCACUCUUCCCUUUUCAGUGGUAGUGGGAGGUUGUAUAAUUUUGUAUCAUACUUUAGAAACAUGUUGAUAAUGCGAUAUGAUGAGGAUGCUUUUACUCAAA